AUGUCUCUCUUCGGAGGAGGAGAUGAGAGUGGGCCUCCUUCGCCUAGCCAGGUAAGCGACUUCUCCAUCAGCACUAUCGGCGAGGACCAAGGGUUCGCGGCGCAUUCGGAAGGCUCGCCAGACACAGCGGCUGGUCACAACGAUUACAACGACCACGACGAUGCAGGAGACGAGGCGGAGAAGGUGGCAGGAGAGCCGCAGGACCAAGGAAAUAACAGGAGUCCAUCAGCAGUAUCAGAUACCAGCGACGUCGAGGUUCGACCCAAUCGCUUCCGAGGCUCAGACCGCGCGUGGCUACACCACACACACGACGACCGCUCUCUUGCCGCAUCGCUCGACCAGCUCAAGGCACACGACCUGAGUCUGCACCUAUACAGCGCCCAUCACCUCAAAGCUCGCCUGCGCCAUCAAGAAGCUCCGUCGUCGUACAAGCCCUGGAGCAGAAAGAGUCGUUGGAUCCCCACCAAUCAAGACAUCCAGAAGCCGUGGUAUCCUGAAUCCGACUGGACUGCCUGGCCGCUUCCUCCUGAUCUUGCCCCGAAUGGUCUUGAAACCUUUGGUCGACCCAACGAUGGUCUCGACGCCCACACUCUGCGCAGUGCCAACCAGCCCACUCCCACCGACAAUCUGCGACACCAAUUGCAUGCUGUCAUGCUGAAGCGAGCGCACGACGACUGGAAGUCCCACAACCAAAAACUCUCCGAACAGCUCCACAUCACGACCGCACCUGCUGCUGCUCCUAUCCGACACUCCCCACCGAGACGAGGACGAACCCGCUCUCUAUCUGCUGGUCCAAGUUCGGCUCCUUCUUCGCCUUCAGUAGGGGACGACUUGGCUCCCCUCUCAUCGCUGGAUCAAUCUGUUGUGGAACAGGGAGAACAAAUUCAUGCCGAGUCGCAUCCGGACCCUGACAUCAAAGAGGAGGGUGAGAAGUCAAAAGACAACCACCUCGCGCGUCCAGUCUUCUCGGCUGAUGACGACCGUUCCCAUGCUCUUCUCCAUCCUACUGUCAAUCAUGUCAUGUCCAAGCUCGACAGGCUCCUCCUUACUUUGCACCAGAGCAGACAGACACACGUACAUCGUGCAAGAGACGGUGACACUUCAGAUUCUUCUGCAAGAUCAAACUCUCGAUCACGUUCCACCUCCAACAAGCUGUCCACCAAGGUUUCGAACAAACGUUCCAAGAAGCCGUCUCAGCCUCAGACUGUCACCCGAGCCAGACACAGCCACCGCCUCGGUUCUGCUUCACGUCCAACUAGUCCAUCGGAUUUUGUAGUCUUCGACGAUUCAGGAGAAGAUGAGACAUAUGAGCCAGAGACUCCCAAACGACGCGUCCGCUCACCCAGCAACAGAGCAUCAUCAGCGGAACCCGAUAUUCAGACUACUUCUCCAAGUGGCAAGAAACGUCGUAACCCUCCCAGACCAGGCCUAAGAGAUUGGAGUGAGAUUUUGGCUAUGGCGGGCUUGACUGGCUGGGAUCCUGCCGUCAUUGAAAGAGCCCGCCAUCGAUGUCGCGACCUUUUCGGGGAGGACAUGCACCUCUACACCAUGCCCGAACAUGAUGAUCCUUCUGCCGGUGAAGCCGAACCUAUUAACCAUGCGCCGGACUCUCGCUCGGCUCGAUCAGCAAGCUGGCGGUGCCCCUUUGUCAAUUGCUUUCGUAACAUGCAGCCUCUUGAACAGGGUUUCCGCUGGCGUGAACAUAUGCGCAAGGCACACAAAUACGACAACGAUCAAAUCGCAAAGCUAGAAGAACAGUUGGUCCAGUCUGGAGACAUUGCGCCUGUCUUGAAACGUCACCACGUGUUGGCCCACAAUCCUCGAGGCUGGCAACCCCCAGAUCCGCUAAAGUGUCCGCACUGUCCUGCCUCAGAACACGUCUUUCCCAGGAUCAAUCGUCUACUGGACCAUAUAAGAAGGGGCCACAAGUACGACCCGCGUAUUCAAGAUCCACCUGAACGUCUUCUGAACAAGAUCGCUGAUCAAGACGAAGACGAUACUUCUAACAACUCAAAUAGUUCUGACGACGAUAGCGAUGGCUACAUGAUGGGUGGCGUACACACUGACGGGUUUCUACAGCCCGUACUCCGGCAUGCUGGGUCAAGAGGAAAGGAUCUUGAACAAAGGGCAAAGAGAGCCAAUGCUCGUCGCUCCAAAGCUGAGUUGGCCAAAUCCAAAAAGAAUGCAAAGAAACGGCAACACACAGAAGAAGCCGACUGGUCCAAAUAG